GAUUCGAAUCCCGGCGGCACCCAAGCUCGUUGAGUGGAGCGGCUGAUGCUGCGGGUAUCCCGCCGCCAUGGAGAGCCCAGAAAACGUCUUCCAAAUGUUUGAAGCUCACAUGCAAAACUACAAGGGUGAUGAUCCACUUGGUGAAUGGGAAAGUUACAUGCGGUGGGUAGAAGAGAACUUCCCUGAGAAUAAAGAAUUCUUUACAACUCUAUUAGAACAAUUAAUGAAGGAAUUUUUAGAUAAGAAGAGAUACCACAAUGAUCCAAGAUUUAUCAAUUACUGCUUAAAAUUUGCUGAGUGCAACAGUGACCUUCAUCAGUUUUUCGAGUUUCUGUACAACCAUGGGAUUGGCACCCUGUCAGCCCCUCUGUAUAUUAUGUGGGCUGAGCAUCUGGAAGGCCAGGGAGAGCUCCAGCACGCCGCUGCGGUUUUCCGGAGAGGAAUUCAGAACCAGGCUGAGCCGAAAGAGCUGCUGCAGCAUCAGUACAGGUUAUUUCAGGCACGCCUCACUGAAACCCAUUUGCCAACUCAAGCUAGAACCUCAGAACCUCUGCAUAAUGCUCAGAUCUUAAACCAAAUGAUGACAUCGAAAUUAAAUCUAGAAAAUAACUCAGCCAACGUUUCUAAGAUUCAGGGUCCAGUGCUUUCUGAAGGACAAUCAUCAGAUUAUAAUAGAGAGUCAGAAAAGGAACAAAGAUUGAUAAUGAUUUCUAAAUCAGAAGUUUCUGCACACUCAUCUUUAACAGCCAAAGCUGAUGUUCAACAGGUUGUUAUGUAUUGCAAAGAGAAGCUUAUUCGUGGAGAAUCAGAGUUUUCUUUUGAAGAACUGAGAGCCCAGAAAUAUAGUCAACGGAAGAAGCAUGAACAGUGGGUAAAUGAAGACAAACAUUAUAUGAAAAGGAAAGAAGCACAUGCUUUCGAAGAACAACUACUAAAACAGAAAAUGGAUGAGCUUCAUAAGAAAUUACAUCAAAUUGUAGAGCCACCCCAUGAGAACCAGUCUGCUUUCCAAGAAAGAUCUAAGGUCAGUCCAGCAUGUAUGGAGCCAAGUGUAGGCUCCCACCAGGAACUGAGAGCUUCAGCCCUUCCAGUUGUCAGCCAGCAGACCUCAGAGAACAUGGGAGAGGAAGCUCCUCUUGUUCCUCUUAUGAAGGAUGCUGUUUCUUCGGUGACCCCUGCCUUUAGCCAGAGUAUAGCUCCUUCAGUUCCAUUGACAAUCCAACCAGUGACAGAUUCCAUGUUUGCAGUGGCUACGAAAGAUGCCAGAGGUAUAAAUGAAAGCAUCCAUGAAUUCAAGCCACAGAGCAAAAGCAUGAUAAAGGAAGUUUGUGAAACACAUAAGCUUACUAACACAGGCUCUUUUCACACAACUCCAAACACUUCACUGGGAAUGGCCCAGGCCACACCAUCCAAAGUGCAGCCCUCACCGACCGUACACACAAAAGAAGCACUAGGUUUCAUCAUGAAUAUGUUCCAGGCUCCUACAUUGCCUGAUAUUUCUGAUGACAAAGAUGAAUUGGCAGCUCUUGAUCAAAGUGAAGAUGCAUUUGAAGCCCAAUUCCAAAAAAAUGCCGGGUCAUCCAGGGCUUGGGGUGUCAAUCAGAUUAUCUCUUCUUUAUCAACUGCUUUUCCUGUGUUUGAAGAUGGAAACAAGGAAAAUUAUGGAUUACCACAGCCUAAAAAUAAAACCACAGGAGCCAGGACCUUUGGAGAACAUUCUGUAAGCAGAUUUCAUUCAAAACCAAAUGAAGUGUCUCAUUCUGAAGAGUUUUUGGAUGAUUCAACUGUCUGGGGUGUCCGUUGCAACAAAACCCUAGCUCCCAGCCCCAAGAGUGCAGGAGACUUUACCUCUGCUGCACAGCUUGCAUCUACACCCUUCCAUAAACUUGCAGUGGAUCCAGAGCUUGCUUUAGAAGACAAAGAAAAUGUAGCAAAACCACGCACCAAUGUCAGUUUGAAUUCUUGUGAAGGAAACGUGCUGAGACCCUUAAGAGAUAGGAAGUUCAGUCCAAUUCAAGAGAAAAGCCCAGAACCAUCACUUCACACAAGUAUGUCUUCAUCUUUGGUUCAUAUGAGCCAGCCUCUUGCCAGUGGUGUGCUGGCCAGUGAAGCACAGCAGAGCCUUGCAGUUUGUAAACCCAUGGAUUUAGACCUUGCCAUUACAGAGGAGGCUCCAGAUACCAAAACUGGGUUUCAACCAGAACAAAUGCAAACUGAUUCACUUGGGAGUGUCCAUACUUCAGACUCUACUGUUGAGAAUCCAUGGGAUGAUUUAUUGAUCAUCAAACUUUUAUCUGGACUGUCUAAACCAGUGAGCUCCUAUGCAAAUACUUUUGAAUGGCAAUGUAAACUCCCAACCAUCAAGCCAAAGACUGAAUUUCAAUUGGGUUCCUUGCUGGUCUAUGUGGAUUGCCUUCUUGGAGAAGGGGCUUUUGCCCAAGUCUAUGAAGUUACUCACGGAGCUGUGAAUGAUACCAAAAAUAAAAAGAAAUUUGCCUUAAAGGUCCAGAAGCCUGCCAACACCUGGGAAUUCUACAUUGGAACUCAACUGAUGGAGAGACUGAAGCCAAAUAUGCAACAUAUGUUUAUCAAGUUCCAUUCUGCCCAUUUAUUCCAGAAUGGCAGUGUUUUAGUAGGAGACCUCUACAGCUAUGGAACAUUAUUAAAUGCCAUUAACCUCUAUAAAAACACCCCUGAAAAGGUGAUGCCUCAAGCUCUAGUCCUGACUUUUGCUAUGAGAAUGCUCUACAUGAUUGAACAAGUUCAUGACUGUAAAAUCAUUCAUGGGGACAUUAAGCCCGACAAUUUCAUACUUGGGAACAGAUUUUUGGAACAGGAUGGUGAAGAUGAUUUGUCUGCUGGAUUGGCAUUGAUUGAUCUGGGUCAGAGUAUAGAUAUGACACUUUUUCCAAAAGGAACUAAGUUUACAGCAAAAUGUGAAACUUCUGGUUUUCAGUGUAUUGAGAUGCUCAGCAACAAACCAUGGAACUACCAGGUUGAUUACUUUGGAAUUGCUGCAACAGUGUACUGCAUGCUUUUUGGCACUUAUAUGAAAGUGAGAAAUGAAGGAGGAGUCUGGAAGCCUGAAGGUCUUUUUAGAAGGCUCCCUCAUUUGGAUAUGUGGAGUGAAUUUUUUCACAUCAUGUUAAAUAUACCAGAUUGUGACCAUCUACCAUCUUUGGAUUUAUUAAGGCAAAAGCUAAGGAAUACAUUUCAACAACACUAUGUAAACAAGAUUAAGACCUUACAUAAUAGGCUAAUUGUGCUACUCUUAGAAUAUAAACGUUCUAGAAAAUAAAAUGUGGAAAUUCCCCCCAAAAGGAA